GCCCAUGUCGUGAGGAGAAAGGCUGUACGAAGACCCGCAGAGUCUGUUUGAGUGACACCAGGAUGGAAGAGUCCAACGGGGACCUGCCCACCCAGAGAGCCGCCGUCCUAUCCGAGCUGUGCUGUGAUCACGUCACCAUAACAAACCUGGUGGAAGUGCUGAGAUCUUUGGUGGCUUUAAGUGACCCUCAGGAGGGGAAGCUGACUCAGUCUCAAGAGAAAGCACUGAACUGCCUGGGUGUUGGGAACACCGUAUUUGCAGCUGUUCCUGGGCCUAUGUCCAAGACCUCAGUGGAGUGACAGCUCAAAGAUGGGAGACCAGGAUGCAGGUGAGCCCUUCCUGGGGAUAGUGGCCGGUGGUGCCACUGACUACGAAGGAGCUCUGCCCUCAGACACAGUGUCGCUCAGUGAUUCUGAUUCCGAUGAUCUGGGGUUAGCAGAAGAAGCAGAGGUUGAUACGAUAUCUCCUGAGGAGCCGUCAGUAGAUGAUGGGGAUUACAGGUCAGGGGAGACCCCCGACUCUUCAGACAGCAGUCACAGAUCUCCUGCCCAGCCGUUCCACCUGAGGGGCAUGAGUUCUACAUUCUCUCUCCGUAGCCAGAGCAUUUUUGAUUGCCUGGAAGAGGCAGCCAAGUUGUCUGUGCCCUCGAUGCCUGAAGAUAAUGUUGUUGAUGGGAGGUUCAAGCGUCCAUUGCCUCCAACCCCUGUUUCCGGUAACAUGGUUGCAGAAAGCCUGGGAAAGCAAGUCAGACCAGUGCAGGCUCCCAAAACUUCCAGGGCAGUGCCUGACUAUGUGGCACACCCGGAGCGCUGGACCAAAUACAGCCUCGAUGGCGUUUCAGAGUCUAGUGACAAGACUAACAGGGCCGUGGCCAUGGAAUUUCUAGAAGGUUUGAAGAAAAGAGGAGAGGACCAAAGCUCAGGUACCCAAGGAAGCUACACCCCAUACUUCAACCAGGACCCUUCCAGCUGUGGAGCUGGGAGGAUUGUCUUCACCAAACCAGUGAAAAGGAGUGUUGAUGGACUGGAAAAGAAAACAUCAGCAGGGGAGGAUGAUAAGAAACACAUGAAAACAGAUCUGAAAGGAAAAUCUCUGAAGAAGAUUGAUGACUUCAGGGAGGAAGAUAAGGUAGAGCUGGGGCACUUAGAUAGUGGAAGUGGAAAGGCAACAGAGGAGGAGGAGUGCAUUAUGGCAGGGGACCUGAAUGCAGAAGGUAAGCGUAGUGCAAGGCCUUGUGGUGCAGGUGAAGAGCCAUUGGUGGAAACAGUUGGGUUCCAUUGCAGUAAGAAGAAGAGUAGGAAAAAUUUCCGACCUAAAGUAGACGAUGAAGGGGAGGAGGAAGAGUCCUGAAGGAUGGAGCACACUGGAGACACUUAAGGACUUGUAUUGUCUUUGGAUAUGUUUGUUUUUUUCUCCGGCUUUUUUUUUUUUCUGGUCUGGAAACCACAGGAUAGCUUUUUGUCUAACAGUUUGCAUCAUAGCCACCAAGAACAUUUUAUAUGUUUGGAAAUUAAGCUGCCUAGAAUAUACUUAGUGUUCGUGAGAAGUCUGCGAGCACAGGAUAGUUGCACCCUAUAGAUGCAGGAGAGCAUGAGGUGUACUUUGUUUGCCUGAGCAGCUCCCUGGGGCUUGCUCUGGAGCUGAAGCAGACAAA